AUGGAUAGCUCAACUCAACCUAUGGAAGCGCCAAUUGACGCUGUUUUCGGUGAAAGGGUUAGAAGAUUCCAAGAGUUUUUGGAUAGAAUUGAUGAAAAUAACUCCAGUUAUAGAAAUGAGAUUAAGGAUAUGCUUAUGAAGGGGAAAUGUAGAUUAAACGUUUCUCUUGAUGAUGUUAGAGAGUUCGAUAAGGGGUUCUGGAACGGAUUGUUGAACAGUCCUGUCGAUUACUUACCGGCUUGUGAAAGAGCAUUGAGAGAUACGGUUUUAGUUGUUUAUGAUCCAAACGAUCAUAGGUUUGAAGAAGUGGAAGAAGAUCAGCAGUUUUAUAUAUCUUUCAGAGGUGCUUUAGGGGAUCACCAUUUGACACCAAGAUCCAUUACUUCCAACCAUUUAUCAAAAUUAGUUUCUAUUGAAGGUAUUGUUACUAGAGCAUCAUUAGUACGUCCAAAAAUUAUUAGAUCAGUUCAUUAUGCAGAGGCAACUAGUAAGUUUCAUGCUAGGGAGUAUAGAGAUCAAACCACAUCUUUUGAUCCGAUUGCCACUCCAGCUAUUUAUCCCACGGAAGAUUUUGAUGGUAAUAAGUUAACUACUGAAUAUGGUUAUUCAACUUAUAGAGACCAUCAAAGAAUUAGUAUACAAGAAAUGCCCGAAACCGCUCCAGCAGGUCAAUUACCUAGAUCUGUUGAUGUUAUUGUUGAUGAUGAUUUGGUUGAUUUAACAAAACCGGGUGAUCGUAUUCAAGUGGUUGGGGUUUAUCGUGCAUUAGGAGGAGGUGGUAAUAAUAGUGGAUCUUUCAAGACCAUUGUGUUAGCUAAUGCAGUAUACCCAUUACAUGCUAGAUCCACUGGGGUUGCAUCUCAAGAAAAAUUAACUGAUCAAGAUAUUAAAAAUAUUAAUAAAUUAUCGAAAGAUCGUAAAAUUUUUGAUAUUUUAUCAACUUCAUUGGCACCUUCAAUUUAUGGAUUUGACUAUAUUAAAAAGGCAGUUUUAUUGAUGUUAUUAGGUGGGAAUGAAAAAAAUUUAGAUAACGGUACUCAUUUAAGAGGUGAUAUUAAUAUUUUAAUGGUUGGUGAUCCAUCUACAGCUAAAUCUCAAAUAUUAAGAUUUGUUUUAAAUACUGCUUCGUUAGCUAUUGCCACCACUGGUAGAGGUUCUUCCGGGGUUGGUUUAACAGCUGCAGUUACCAGUGAUAAAGAAACCGGGGAAAGAAGAUUAGAAGCUGGUGCCAUGGUUUUAGCUGAUCGAGGAAUUGUUUGUAUUGAUGAAUUUGAUAAAAUGUCUGAUACUGAUAGAGUAGCAAUUCAUGAAGUUAUGGAACAACAAACUGUUACGAUUGCUAAAGCAGGGAUUCAUACUUCAUUGAAUGCAAGAUGUUCCGUGAUAGCAGCAGCAAAUCCAGUUUUUGGACAAUAUGAUAUUCAUAAAGAUCCACAUAAAAAUAUCGCUUUACCGGAUUCAUUAUUAUCACGUUUUGAUUUAUUAUUUGUUGUUACUGAUGAUGUCCAACCAACUAAAGAUAGAAUUAUUAGUGAACAUGUAUUAAGAAUGCAUAGAUUUAUUCAACCGGGAUUAUUAGAAGGAGAACCAAUCAGGGAAAAAAGUGGAUUAUCAUUGGCAGCAGGUAAUGAUGAAACAAAUGAAAAAGAAGAAUUAGAACAACCAAUAUUUGAAAAAUUUAAUUCCCUUUUACACGCCGGAGUCAAUAAUAAAACCAAUAAAACCCCAACGAUUUUAUCGAUUCCAUUUUUAAAGAAAUAUGUUCAAUAUGCAAAACAAAGAAUAAAGCCUCAAUUAACUGAAAAGGCAUCUACUUAUAUAAUUAGAACUUACACUGAUUUAAGAAAUGAUAUGAUGGAAAAUAAUCAAAAGAAUACUGCCCCAAUUACUGCCAGAACAUUAGAAACUUUAAUUCGUUUAUCCACUGCCCAUGCUAAGGUUAGAUUAUCCAGGACCAUUGAAGUGAAGGAUGCUAAAGUCGCCUCUGAAUUAUUGAAAUAUGCGUUAUUCAAAGAGGUUCCUAAAAAAUCUACUUCCAAGAGACGUAAGGCUAAUAUUGAAGAAGAGGAACAAGUGGCAGAAGAGGAAAGCGAGGAAGAGGACAGUGAAGAAGAAAGUGAAGAUGAAAUAGUGACGAGACCACCUCCUAGAACCACCAGACAAAACAUGAGAUCUGAAUUAAGAGAAGAAGUCGAAGAAGCGGACGAAGAAGAAGAAGUCGAAGAAGCGGACGAAGAGGAAGAAGUCGAAGAAGCGGAAGAAGAAGUGGAAGAAGAAAUGCAUAAUUUGAAUAUUAGUGAACCAUUACAAGAGCUGGCCAGGAGCGAAGACAACACCGGGUUCAAUAAUGAAAGAUAUGUACAAUUCCAAAGAAUCAUGAGUAGGAUAUUGAAUAGUGAUGUUUUCGAAAACAUUGAUGCAUCAUAUCCAGUUGAGGAUACGAUUGAAUUGAUAAACGAAGGAUUAGAGAAAGAAGACGUGUACACCAACGAGGAAAUCGAGGUUUAUUUCAAUAAGAUGGAACAAGAUCAAAUCAUUAUGAUUGGUGAUAAGAAAGUGUGGAAGAUUUAA